GGAGGGGAGAGAGUGAGGAGGCAGAGGGAGGCCUUCCGAUGGUGGGAGCCACGAGGACUCGUGCGGGACAGGAGGUCAGGGCUGGCGCACGUCCCUCAGGCCUCCCUCUUUGCCCCAGCCUCGCGGGCCGCCUAACUGCCCCACGCCACGGGUGCUACCGGGCCGCAGUGGAGAGGAACUUCCCGUUGGCUGUAUUUAAUCAACCCAUUCCCGGCUCCACGUUCCCUUUAAGCGGGGCUGCUGGUGCCUCAAGGAAGCAAGGAACUGGAUUGCGAUUGACCAGCGCGUGCCUCGGUCGGCGGCACAAUUGGCUGAGGCUCUGGGCUUUCGGCAGCAUUCUCCGACGGGAUUGGUCGCCCCUCUCCCAGAGCCCGUCUCCCGCAGUACAGGCGGCCCCGGGUCGGGUGGGAGAAGGGGCCUCCGGGACGAACAACAUGGCGGCGGCCGGUCUCGCUCACAUUCCUGACGUGGACAUCGACUCGGAUGGCGUCUUCAAGUACGUGCUGAUCCGAAUUCACUCGGCUCCGCGCUCCGGAGCUCCGGCUGCGGAGAGCAAGGAGAUCGUGCGCGGCUACAAGUGGGCCGAGUACCAUGCCUCGAGGGGCUUCGUCUCCACUGGGGAAGGGGCUGUUCAGAGCUGGGAUUUCACACCCCCUUCUGCUGGCUGGGAGUUCCUCCCAUGGCUUCCAAAGGCGGCCAGGGCACGUCCUGAGGCCGCCCUCCCAUCCCAGCGGACAUCUACGACAAAGUGUCGGGCGACAUGCAGAAGCAGGGCUGUGACUGUGAGUGUCUGGGCGGCGGGCGCAUCUCCCACCAGAGCCAGGACAAGAAGAUUCACGUGUACGGCUACUCCAUGGCCUAUGGUCCUGCCCAGCACUCCAUUUCCACCGAGAAAAUCAAAGCCAAGUACCCCGACUACGAGGUCACCUGGGCUAACGACGGCUACUGAGCACCCCCAGCCCCUGGCCUGCUGCCUCUGGCAGCCACAUUGGAGCCCCUGCGUUUGCCUGCACCCCUCCUGCCACAGCCCCUGGUGACAUGCCACCUGCCAGGCCUCGGAGACAGAAUUAAAUAUAUUGCCACA